GGACCUGCCAUGGCUGUUUGAUAAUUCAGUUUAAACCAGCAAAGUAUAAAAUGGACGGGCAUCUUGCUGUUCUUUGUUUUGCUUGCGUCUUUUCGCUAGGUGCUGCAGUGGAUACCACGAGGCAACCGAAAGCAACAGGGCCAGAAGUUGUUGAAGCGGUGGUCAACAUUAUCCGAGAAUCUUGUUUAUUUGCCGAAGACAGAAGAUUUUUGCGGCGACUCGCAUACGUUGAAUCGCAAGAUGGAUCGUCUCCGAACACAUUUAGACCAGGAUACUAUGGAGGAAUUUGGCAGGUUGAUAAUUCAGCAUUCUUACAAACCCAGCACAAUUCUACCCUGCAAGCACAAUACAAUAUAAUACAAAAUGUACUGGGUAUCAACUGGAACACGGUCUCCUGGACGGACCUUCACAAACCUCUGUAUUCCGGGAUCGCUGCCGCUCUAUUCACCAUUCUUAAAAGUGGCCAUACCGGUCUCAGCUGGAAAGAAGAGGAGCAGGGCAAUUUCUGGGCGCACAACUUCCAUGGUGGUAGUCCGGCUUCGAACUUCACGGAAUUAGCACAGAUACUAGAUUUGGGAUGUACAACAAAUCAGCAAGUUGACAUUGUCUUUGUGCUUGACACGUCAUCCAGCCUUAGUGGUGACGAUUUCAUACGAUCAAAGAGAUUCAUUAGUCAGGUUGUGGAUGGAUUUAUGAUUUCGCCUGUCGAGACACAAGUUGGUGUAGUGACAUACUCUUCUCACGCACAUGUCGAAUUUGACCUCAAUGAUCACAGAUCGAAGGCGGACGUACAGAAUGCUAUAGAUAAUAUACCUCGUAAUACUGGCAGUACUGCAACUGAUGAAGGUAUUGACAAGGCUUUGUAUCAGGUCUUCAAUCCUAGCUAUGGAGCAAGACCAAAUGUUGUUAAGGUACUGGUUGUUAUAACCGACGGAAGAAGUGACGACGAUCUGAACACAAAGCAUGCCGCCGACAGGGUCCAUGCCAACGCUAUUGUUACGUUUUCUGUAGGAGUUGGUGGCACGGUUGUUAAAAAGGAACUCGACACGAUAGCCACAGAUCCAGAUUGCACGCAUGCGUACACGGUCAGUUCAUUCGAAGAAAUCAAGUUCAUGAAGGAGGAGAUACAGAAGGCUACAUGCAUAGCACCACUGUUUAUCAAUACGACCUACAGCUGUGAGAUAAGUAAAUGUCCGCCACUAGCUGUUCUUACCGGUACAAAUGGCACAACCAUAGAGACUAACAUCACAUGUGGCGGUAUGAACAUCUAUUCUUCGAUAACCAACCCAUACCCAACACAGGCGCAGUAUGAAUACCUACAGCAAUCUCUAGUUAAUCAUCCAACACAAACCUUUUUCAACAUCAAUGGGAAGACGUUGUUUAUAAACUUGAAGGACAACCAGUAUGGUCUUGGAGGUUAUAAUGGAAGUACCGGAUGUAUUGCAACCAUUACACCGUACAAAGGAGACAGAACCGAUAAAGAAAUACACGUGGUUUGUUACAGAGGAAAUGUUGUAAUCCCUUGUCUGGAUUCAUACUUCAACUGCACAGAAAAAUGGAAUUUUGCAAAUCCCUGUACACAAGCAAACGUUCUCGCUGGCAAAGACAGGUUCCCACAUCCAUACCAGAACAACAAAUUCCUGAUGUGUGAUUUGUCUGGGAAAUUGUAUGUUGUCAUCUGUCCGAAAGGGGAGAUUUUCCAAGCAGACUGUAAUCAGUGUGUUGGGGAAAACGCAACAGUGACAUCUGGUUGUCUGACUCCAUACACCGGUGGUAAUCCUUGCUCAAGGGAAAAUAUUUUAGCAGGAAAACUGUUUUUCCCGUACCCGAAUGACGCCCACAAGUUCAUUCACUGUGAUGUUUGGGGUAAACCAUGGGAACGCCCUUGCCCCGCAGGAAUGGAAUGGGAUCAGGGGCUGCUCACGUGUAUCACACCAUCUCCCUACAAUCCGUGCCGCCACCACCAACCAGGACAACCAUACCUCUACCCGCACUAUUGUGAUCCCCAUAUGUACAUCCACUGUGAUACCAACCACCAAUCCUUCGAGCAGAAUUGUCAGCUAGACUACGUAUUCUAUGCCACCUCGCAGGUCUGCGUACCCCCAGGCUCCUAUCCCGGGACCAGUAACCUUGUAAACACCUGCUACGGCAAUUCGACACCAUACCCAUAUACAAUACCCACCUCAGGCUAUUACGGUACCACUUCUAAUCCGUUGCAUACUCACGUGUUUUCAAACCAGAAUUACCAAGCACCGUGUACCAAAGCCAACAUCCUAGCUGGCUUGCUUUACUUCCGGUACAAAUACAACAACCACAACUAUAUCCAGUGUGACCUCUGGGGCAAACAGUAUCUGCGGGACUGCUACCCGGACUACUAUGAUCCCUACACCUACACAUGCGUUGAUGGCCCCGUCUUCCCCGAAAAUGUUGGAUAGAUGUAAACAAAUCGUUGGGAUGUGUUGAACAUGUAUACUAGACCUUCCUUAAACGACUGGAUUGUGACCUUGACUUUCUUUGUAGUUCCCAAUCAUGCCUAUGUUAAUGAUGUACGUCAUACGUAAUUUUAAUGAAGCACAGAAAUUAAAAUGCAGAAUGCAA